GGAGAAGAUGAGUUCUGCUAGUCAGUGAAGAUCUUAAACAAAGUGACACAGAAUAUAAAGACUACAGAAGGGUAACUAUGGCGAUGUUGACUGUUCUGCUCCUCAGUGCUGUCUUCAGCCCUCUGACCCAAGGAUCCUGUAUCAGCUGUGGGUUGCAGAACACUGACCCAGUGGCUGGAAGUGACCCAGCUCUACCCUCCUGUCCAGGUGGCUGGAAGGCAAAUGGACCCCACUGCUUCCAGUAUGUCAGAAAUCCAUUGAGCUGGUCUGAUGCCUUGAAUAACUGUCUUCAGCUGGGAGGAAACCUGGCCUCCAUCCACAGCCUGGCAGAGGAGCGCUUCCUGUUAUCCAUGAGUCUCACUGGUAGUGAUGCAGGCAUCACUUGGAUUGGGGGUCAUGUGGCUGGUUAUUUACAUGAGGUGGAAUUCCAGUGGACCGACGCGUCGGCGCCGGUGUACAGACAUAAACUGGCCCAGGGACCUGGCCCCUCCCCCUUCUGUCUGACCCUGGAAGAACCUGCUGCCGGGUCUCCCCUGUGGUUCCCCGCACCCUGCCACAGACGCCAUCCAUCCCUCUGCCAGAACCAUUGAGCAAACGCGUUGGUCCAGAUCUUUUUGGUUGCACUGUAACUGCUGUAUUAAUCUAUUAAAGCAUAUUAUGCGAAACCCACAA